UGGCGCCGCGGCCUGACGCUGCCCACUCUGCCCGCAGGGAGCGUGCCCAGCGAGAAGAUCGCCAUCUGGCUCAAGGACUGCCGUACACCUUUGGGAGCCUCGCUGGAUGAGCAGAGCGGCACUACACUGAAGGGCGUGCUUGUGAGAAAUGGAGGAAGUUUUGAAGAUGAUCUGUCAUUGGGAGCUGAAGCUAAUCACCUCCAUGAAAGUAAUGCUCAGACUGAAAGCCGCAAUACUAUCUUGGCCAAAGAGAGAAGACUCCAGUUUCAUCAGAAAGGAAGAAGUAUGAAUUCCACUGGCUCUGGGAAAAGUAGUGGCACAGUCUCAAGUGUUUCAGAAUUGUUGGAACUUUAUGAAGAAGAUCCUGAAGAAAUUCUUUAUAAUCUUGGAUUUGGACGAGACGAACCUGAUAUUGCUUCUAAAAUUCCUUCCAGAUUUUUUAAUUCAUCAUCAUUUGCCAGAGGAAUAGAUAUUAAAGUAUUUUUGAGUGCUCAAAUGCAACGGAUGGAAGUAGAGAACCCAAAUUAUGCUUUAACAAGUCGUUUUCGUCAAAUUGAAGUGCUUACUACUGUGGCCAAUGCGUUUUCAUCUUUGUACUCCCAAGUCUCGGGGACUCCUCUUCAGAGAAUUGGCAGUAUGUCUUCAGUGGCCUCUACCAAGGAGACAGAUGCGCCUCCACCCUUAACACGAAGUAACACUGCAAAUCGCUUAAUAAAAACACUAUCGAAACUAAACUUAUGUGUAGAUAAAGCAGAGAAAGGGGAGGGUAGUAGUCCUUCCCCUGGAAUUGAAAAAGGAAAGAUUUUUAGUGUUUCACUAAUUGAAGAAAGUGGCAAUAAAAAUGACCAGAAGUCUCAAAAAGUUGUAAAGAAGAAGGACUCAUCUUCUAUGUUGGCUACAGUUAAAGAAGAAGUCUCAGGUGGUUCAGUACCUGCUAAGGAGAGUGCUGACCCUGGCAGGCUUUCUGAUGAAGCGAAUAGUAAUUUUAACGAAGAAACUGAUAGUGAGCGAAGUAAGGAAACUGAGAAUCAUGGGCAUAAUCUGCAUGAGGAAUCGAACGUCGUAGAACCUGAUGUAGGCAGUGACUUCAGUGCAUCCAGCCUCGGUGAGCUGCAAGAUGGCAGUGAUCUGAAGCAUGCCCAGAUGUCCACACCUGAAAAAGAACCUUGUGCAUCACUGGCCAUCCCCUCCAUUAGGAAUAUAAUGACCCAACAGAAGGACUCCUUUGAAAUGGAAGAGGUUCAGAGUACAGAGGGAGAAGCGCCUCAUAUUCCAGCCACGUACCAGCUAGGUCUCACCAAGUCCAAACGAGAUCAUCUGCUACGUACUGCCAGUCAGCAUUCUGAUAGCAGUGGUUUUGCUGAAGAUUCUGCAGACUGCCUCUCCCUUAAUCAUCUUCAGGUCCAUGAGCCCUUGCAAGCCAUGGGGAGUAGCGCUGAUAGCUGUGACAGUGAGAUGACAGUCACAUCAUUUGGUGAAGACCUUGUUACACCAACAGUACAAGACCAGCCUUAUUUUAAUGAGUCAGAGGAGGAGUUGCCAAGCCCUCUUCAGGAAGGAAGAGCGAAGGCAGCAUCAGUUGCUGACAAAGGAAUGUCAGAUAGCCAGGAUUUCCCUCAGUGCGGGCCUGAGGAGAGUGCGGGACCUGAACCGUCCUCUUGUAGUCCAGGGGAUCGUGAAACUGACGUCACUGAGGAGGGAGAGGGAUCAUCUUCAGCACAAACACUGGAGCUGCUGAGGGAAGCAAGUGGUGAAAGUGAUGUGGACAAAAGCAGCGAGUGUGAAUUUCCCCAGUACACCACACACCAUAUCCUGAAAUCACUGGCUUCCAUUGAGGCUAAGUGCCGUGAUCUCAGUGCUGAAAAUACACCUGGGCCUCCUUCUUCUGUGGAUAGAGUUAAUACAGCUUUACAGAGAGCACAAAUGAAGGUUUGCAGCUUGUCUAAUCAAAGGGUGGGGCGCAGCCUGAUCAAGUCAAAGGAUCUGUUAAAACAGAGGUACUUACUUGCAAAAGCUGGCUAUCCUCUAAGAAGGUCUCAGUCUUUACCAACGACCUUAUUGAGCCCAGUCAGGGUUGUGUCCUCCGUCAAUGUCCGGUUAUCUCCUGGAAAAGAGACCAGGUGCAGCCCCCCUUCCUUCACCUACAAGUACACGCCCGAAGAGCAGCAGGAAUCGGGAAAAGGGGCCACUGCACCCGACAGUCAGUCUUUAGUCAAAUCCACCAUUUUCAUCUCUCCACCAUCUGUAAAGGAGGAGGAUGAGGCCUCCCGGGGUGAGGUGAGGCAGUUGGAGGAAUGCCACCCCAGGAGGACUCCUGUCUGUCCCCAGGUUGUCCCAGCACGCAUAUCUCAGUCCACCUGCUCCCUUCACACUCUGCAUGAGUGGGCGGACAGGCCACUGUGUGAGCACAUGAGAACGCUGAGUGCACACAGUGUCCCCAACAUCCCAGGGGCCACCUGCUCUGCCUUCGCUUCUCCUCUCGGAUGUCCUUACUCACACAGACAUGCUGCCUACCCCUACCGAGGGUAUGCUGUGAAUCCUCCGUCUGCCAUAGAAAUGCAGUUGCGAAGAGUGUUGCAUCAUAUUAGAAACUCCCUGCAGAAUCUUUCUCAGUACCCCAUGGGAGGCCCUGACCUUGCUGCUGCUCCAUACAGUACUCAGAAAUCAUCUGUUCUACCUCUUUACGAAAAUACUUUUCAGGAGCUUCAGGUAAUGAGGCGGAGCCUGAAUUUGUUUAGAACCCAAAUGAUGGACUUGGAAUUGGCAAUGCUGCGCCAGCAGAACUUGGUGUAUCACCAUAUGACUGAGGAGGAAAGGUACGAAGUCGAUCAGCUGCAGAGCUUGAGGAACUCGGUCCGGCUGGAGCUGCAGGAGCUCGAGCUGCAGCUUGAGGAGCGCCUGCUGGACCUGGAGGAGCAGCUCCGGGCCGCGCAGGCGCCCUCGCCCUUCCGCUCCUCCUCACUCAUGGGAAUGUGUGGCAGUAGAAGUGCUGAUAACUUGUCCUGUUCUUCUCCGUUGAACGUAAUGGAACCAGUCACAGAACUGAUACGGGAACAGUCCUACCUGAAGUCGGAAUUGGGUCUGGGACUUGGAGAAAUGGCAUUUGAAAUUCCUCCUGGAGAAAGCUCAGAGUCCAUUUUCUCCCAAGCCACAUCGGAGUCGUCAUCCGUGUGUUCUAGCCCCUCUCAUCGUGCCAGCAGAACUGCAGUGCCCCCGGCGCAGGCCGGGGGCAGACGCAAAGGCCAGGCAGUGGCAAGAAAGAAAGUGUUCCGGGCAUCGGUGGCCCUGACACCAACUGCUCCUUCCAGAACAGGCUCUGUGCAGACGCCUCCAGAGCUGGAAAGUUCUGAGGAAGCUGGUGUGGCUGAGGAAGGCGUGCGGGCUGUAGGACCUAACUCUGAUGUGGAAGAAGAGUGUCGGAAACUCCCCGUGAUGCCGGCUGCUGAGGAAAUGGAGAGAAAUGUGGAGCAGGAUGAGUUGCAGCAGGUCAUUCGGGAGAUUAAAGAGUCUAUUGUUGGUGAAAUCAGACGGGAGAUUGUAAGUGGACUUUUGGCAGCAGUGUCUUCAAAUAAAACAUCAAGUUCUAAGCAAGACAGUCAUUAAGUAGAAUCUUUAGAUUGCCCUGGGUCUUGUCAGCAUUGCCGUCGGAGUCCUGUCGGGGUCCUUGGUGACACACACUGGUGGGGUUAUGUGUCUUUCAGAAGCUACUUUCAGCAGAAUUGAGCUGCUCUAUACAGUGUACAGUGUGUAAUUUUUCUGUUGCUAUCUUUAAAAAAUAUAUAUAUGGAAACCUAGGCACUUUCAUAUUUCUUCUCUCAACUACCAAAAUUGUAGCGGUUUGGAAAGCCUAAUAUUUAUUCACAUGUCCAUAUUUUCCAACUGAUUCCCUAUGUAGAAUUAAUUAUAAAACUUGAAGAUUGCUAGACAUAACCAACUUAUAAAUAACAUAUUGCUUCAAACUAGCUUCUUACAACACUGACCUCUAUGAGGUGUUUACUGUGCAAUAACUGAUUCAUGUUUUGAGAGCUUGAAGCAAUCAAUGAUUUUCCCUCCUCUGCUGUUGAUUAGUGUCACUUCCAAGAAGACGAACUGUUCUGUUAUAAAAAUUGCUCUUAAUUCUUGAGGAGGCUACUAAUAGCAGUAAGGUAGAAUUCCACGAGGUUACCUGCAACUACUUAAUGUUCUUACACUGUAAGCCUUGCUCCUUUACCCACAUAAAUGUAAUUUUAUCAUAGCUUAUGUAGUGUUUUUCUUUUGAAAAAUGUGCCUUAUGUUAAACACUAUGUACUUUCUGUAUUGUCCAGACUUCUUAUUUUAAGGAGGUGUUUCUCUUCUGUCUUGUAGACUACAUAGAACAUUGUCACGAUAAUGGGGCCUGUGACCUGGAGGCACAGACAUGAAUAAGCUGGCUUUGCUCUUUUCAGAGUGGAAUUAAUUUAGAUUUGUUCUCCUCAUGGGCAGAUGAUUUUAAUUCGUUUUUAACUGGUCAAAACUUUUUAUGAACGAAAAUAAAAUGGUUUCUGUUUGGCUUUA